AUGUCGGGAUGGUUCGGGGACAUCGGGAAGCAGCUCCAGGACGCGGGCGCGAAAGCCGCGGAGCUCGCCGCGAAGGCGGCGCAGGAGGUCGACCGCCUCGACGACGCGUUCGGCGAGAAGGUCGAGGGAUGGAGCGAGGAGGUGACGCAGCGCCUCAAGUCCGAGGCUGCGGCGUGGAACGACGCCGCGGACGACGACGACGACGACGACGACGACAGCGGAUGGGGCGGCGGCGGCGGCGGCGGCGGCGGCGGCGGCGGCGGCGGCGGCGCGUCCUCCCUCCCCGUCGCCUCGGGCUCGAGCGUCGACGCGGAGGAGGUCGAAGCGCUCCGCGCGUCGCUGGCGCAAGCGCGCGUCGCGAUCCAGAGCCUCGACGCGGAUCUGAAAGCCGCGCGAGAGGACGCGGAGGCGUCGAGAGCGGACGCGAAGCGGUUCGCGAUGCAAGCCGUGCGCGCGAAGGCCGCCGCGUCGACGCCGUCGACGCCGGAGAAGAAGACGGCGGCCGCCGCCGUGGACGACGACGACGCGAAGAAGGCGGCGGAGAUGCGAGACGAGCUCGAACGACGCGCUGAGGACGCCGCGGACGUCAGGGAGAAGCUCGCGAAGGCGGUGAAGAAAGGGAAAGGCCUCCAAGAGAAGACGGACGCGCUCGAGGCGGAGCUCGCGACGCUGAGGAAAGCGCUGACGGAGGCGACGACGAGCGCGGCGGCGGCGGCGGCGGCGGCGGCGGACAGCGACGCGAACGCCAACGCGAAGCUCGCCGCCGACGCGGAGACGGCGAGAGAGGACGCGAAGCGCGCGAUGAAACAGUCGGAGGCGUCCGCGAAGGCGCGCGAAGACGCGGAGAGACGCGCGGAGGACGCGGAGAAGGCGUUGCACGACGCGCUCGUCGCGACCGCGAAGCUGGAGGAGGCGAAGGACGCCGCGGAGAAGGACGCGGCGGCGGCGGCGGAAGCGGCGACGGCGGCGGCCGCCGCCGCCGCCGCCGCCGCGCCGCCGCCCGCCCCGGACGAGAGCGCCGCCGAAGCGCUCGAAGCCGCGAAGGCGUCUUCGGAAGCGCUGAGAAAGGAAGUCGACGACCUGAAGCGCGCGAACGCGGAGCUGACCGCCGCGGCGAGCGGAGGAGGAGGAGGAGGAGGAGGAGGAAAGGGCGGCAAGGGAAAGAAGGGCAAAAAAGGCGGCGGCGGCGGCGACGACGGCGGCGACUUUGGCAAGACCGUCGCCGAGCUCGCGGCCGCGAAGAAGGAGAUCGAAUCUCUGAAGAAAUCGUUGAAGGACGCGUCCGAGCGCGCGUCCGCGGAAGAGAAGCGCGCGUCGGACGACGCGAAAGCGAAAGCGAAAGCGUCUUCCGACGCGUCCGCCGCCGACGCCGCGUCGACGUUGAAAUCGACCGAGGACGCGCUCGCGACCGCGAAGGCGACGAUCGAGUCGCUCACCAAAGACAAAUCAACUCUCGAGACCGCGCUCGAGGAGGAGAAGAAGGCGAAGUCGCUCAUGGCGCUCGAGGGCGAGGGCGCGGAGAAGGAGAUUGAGUACCUGCGCGGCGUCGCGGAGCAAUCGAAAGCCGCCGCUGCGGAGGCGUCGACGCGGGAAAAACGCGCGGUGAGCGACGCGAAGGAAUCCGACGCCGCCGCGACCAAGGCGUCGAACGCGGCGAUGCGCCAAGCGAAGGAGCACGCCGCGGCGUUGGACGCCGCGGUCGCGGGGAAGACCGCGGCGGAGAACGCGAUGAUGGCGGAGGAGGCGAAAGUCGCCGGUCUCGAAGCGCGCGCCGCGGAUGCGGAACGCCGCGUGAAAACGCUCGAAAAGGAAGCGUUAGACGCGAGCGAGGGGCGCUCCGGCGCGUCCGCGCGCGCGUCCGACGCGGAGGACCGGCUCGUCAAGACCGCGUCCGAGCUCGCGAAGCUGAAGAAGCACCUCGCAGAGGAGAAGGACGCGCGGCGCCGCGCGGAGGAAGCGUCCGCCGCGCUCGCCGCCGCCGCGGAGGCGGAGGCGUCCAAACUCGCGGCCGAAAGCAAGGCGAAGGUCGAAGCGCAGCGCGACGCCGCGGAGAUCCGCGCGGCGAUGGCCUCCCUCGAACAGAGCGUCAAGGAGGCGUCGAACGCGAUCGCGGCGCGCGACGCGGCGACGCGGCAGUCGGCGGCGGCGGAGCAGCGCGCCAGAGCCGCGGAGCGCCGCGCCGAAGAGGCGAUCGCUUCCAGCGCGGAGACGAUCAAGGAGGGCGAAGAGCGCAAGCGGCGGUUCGCGAUGAUGCAGUCGGCGUUCAAGGAGCAGGAGGCGAAGCUGUCGGCGCGCUGCGACGCGCUCGAAAAGGAGAGGAACGCGAAGGCGAACACGCCGAGCGCGGAGAUGGAAGAAGCCGUCGGCGCCGCGAUCGAAGAGGCGGAGGCGGUGGCGUCCGAGGCGCGGGCGGACGCGGACGCGGCGAGAGCGGCGCUGGACGAGGCGCGAGGCGCGCUCGAGGCGAGAGGGAGAGAGCUCGAGGCGGUUCGCGCGGAGGCGGUGGAGGCGCGGACGAAGGCGGCGGUGUUGGAGGAGAUGAGCGCGGCGCGGCGCGCGCGCGCGUCGGACGCCGCGGACGGCGGCGCGAGCGCCGCCGCCGCCGCCGCCGCCGCCGCCGCCGCCGCGGAGGUGGCGCAGGCGAAAGCGGAGCGCGAGCUCGCGAUGGCGGAGGUGGGGCGGCUCACGCAGCAGCUCGCGGACGCGACGGACGUCGCGCACGAGCUGAAGACGGCGAACGCGCGGCUUGCUGCGAAACGCGGGACGGAGCCGGCGGCGGCGGCGGCGGCGGCAAUUCCGCCGCCGGCCCCGUCCGGCGCCGAAAACGACGUGGCGCUGCGCGCGCGCCUCGCCGCCGCGCUCGCGACCGCGCGCGAAAGCGGGGACGCGUCGGGAUCGUCGUCGACGGCCGCGACCGCGGACGGCGCGUCGUCGCUGUGGUCGUGGGCGUUCGGGUCGUCGGAGGACGCGGCGGCGGCGGACCGCGCGCGCGUCGCCGCCGACCCCGCCGGCGUCGUGCACCGCGGUUCGAACGCGUCGACCGACGACCAGAGCGCGCCGCCGAGCGCGCCGCCAGACCCGCCGCCGCUCGACGCGCUCCUCCGCGACCUCGACGCGUGGGCGAACGACGGCGGGCGACGAUGGCGCGACGCGACGGUGGAGCACGCGAACAAGGUGGCUCGAGACGCGAUGCGACGCGCGGAGGUGCUGGAACGCGAACGCGUCGAUGAGAAUCGUUCGAACGCGACGAGGGACGGGGAGUUCUCUUCCGAGCGGUCGUCAAAGGCGGCGGAGGCGGCGACGCAGCGCUGCAUCGCCGCGGAAGCGUUCGCCGCGGAGCUCGCCGCGAAGCUCGAGAAGGCGGAGAAGCGGAAGCGCGAGUUGGAGUGGCAGGUGUCGAUGCUCGCGCCGCGCGACGACGCGACGGCGCCGGAGAGGCCGAAGGGGCCGGGGCAGUGGUUGAAGGGCGCGGUGCAAGGGUGCGUCGCCGCGAGGCCGGGACGCGGGAGGCAGGCGCCCGUCGCGAUGCGAUGA